AUGGGGUCCGUCGUCUACCCCAACCAAUGGGUUGGCUUUAAGCUGCCUUCGGGCGCAGUCAAGGUUAUCCAAACCAUCCCAAACACUAUAAUAUCGCUUGGAAAGUACGGCUCUUUCCCCAGCAACCUCGUCAUCCACCGGCCCUUCCACCUCACCUACGAAGUCCAGGACAAGCGCCCCGACGAGUCCUUUUGCCGCCUGCGCGUCGUCUCCGCCGAAGAACUCCGCGCCGACAUCCUCGCCGAGGUACCGACCAAGGACGGCGUCGUCGGUGCAGAGAUUGACGAGGAAGAAGCCAACGCCGCCAUCGCCCUCGCCGCCAGCGCCGUCGCCUACGAUGACGCCGCCGCCCUCGCCGCCUCGGCCACCACCGACAAGGUCGUGCGCCAGACGCUCACGUCGGACGAGAUCGAGGCGCUGAAGCGCGACGGCGCCUCCGCCGGCAAAGACCUCAUCGCCAAGCUCCUCUCUUCCCACACCGCCCUCGACGAGAAGACGGCGUACUCGCUCGAAAAAUACAAGCUGCUCAAGACGAGAAAGUACAUUCGCCGCUUCGAGGUCCUGCCCCUCGACACCCCGUACUCACUGACUGGCUUCUCGAGGAAAAGGACGGCAUGA